CAAUAAGAUCAUUUGUUCAAAGUAAAAUUGAACUUCUGAUUGUCAUGACAGAGCUCAUGCCAAGCUAAACUUCAUCUAAUUCCCGUCUUCGGAUCCCUUUCAUAUGAUAUAAAAUGCGGGGAUAUCUAACCGUUCAUAAGUAACCCUCACUACAACCUUUUUUCCUCCAGUUGAAGCCAUGUUGCCUCUGACUACCCUAAAAACCGUCCUGUCGUUCCUGCUCGUCGUCGGGUCUCCAGUUUUCUCCAUUCCCUUGAAUACCCGCACAACCGCUGUUAGCCUUGCCGCUAAAUUCAAAGCAGCUGGUGCGACCAAUAUCGUCGCAGGUGAUAGAGCACGCGCUCAAGCUCUGCAUCACGCUGCGAAAACCGGCAAGUAUUAUGCGAAUGCAUCCAUCACCAACGUUGUAGUCAUAGGCUACACUAUACAGGUUGGUAUCGGUAAUCCAAUGAAGCACUAUGGACUUCUUGUGGAUAGUGCCAGCGGUAAUACGUGGAUUGGAGCAGACCAGGAGUAUACCAUCACCAGUACCAGUACUGGCACUGGAGACGCGGUUGCUGUCUCCUACGGUUCCGGCAAUUUUUCUGGGCAAGAGUACCUAGACACCAUCACGCUGAGCUCAUUGAGCGUCAGUAAACAAUCGAUCGGGGUGGCGAACGAAUACCAGGGCUUUCGCGGUGUCGACGGCGUCCUCGGCAUUGGUCCCAUGAGCUUGACAAAAGGCACGGUGUCUAACACGGACACAGUUCCCACCAUCAUGGACAACCUCUUCAGCCAAAACUCCAUAAAUUCUGAGAUCCUUGGUGUUUACUUUGUUCCUGUAUCGGAAGAGGAUCCAACUGGCACACUUACUUUUGGUGGUUCGAAUAGCUCUUUAAUGACGAGUGACAUCACAUAUACCCCCAUCACAUCUGCCUCGCCCGCUUGUAAUUACUGGGGAAUCGACCAGUCUAUCACUUAUGGCGACUCAACUAUCUUGUCCUCGGCGGCAGGAAUUGUCGACACUGCUACUGUACUCAUUCUAAUUGCGACUGAUGCCUUCGAUGCCUACAAAAAUGUCACUGGUGCUACCUUGGAUGAGACCACCGGGCUGCUCAAGAUCACUUCAGAUCAAUACAGCAACCUGAAACCCCUCAUAUUUACUAUCGGAGGGACUGCGUUCACACUCACUCCUAAUGCACAAAUCUGGCCUCGCUCGAUGAAUAACGUCAUUGGUGACACCAGCAGCAACAGCGACGACAUUUACCUUAUUGUUGCGGAUAUUGGCAACGACACCUUCGGUUUCGUCAACGGAUACACAUUCCUUGAACGUUUCUACAGCAUAUUCGAUACCACGAACAAGCGGGUUGGAUUCGCCACGACAGCGUAUACUGAGUCGACUUCGAACUGAAUGGAAGUAUAUAUUGCAUAUAUAUUGAAUGUAUAAGACUGCGGACAGGAUCCAUUCGAAUUAUCAUCCUACGCAUACCCUGUAACGCGAUGUGAAUACAAUUUCAACGUAGAGUAUUGUUUGCUUGGCUUGAAAUAGAAGGAAAA